GGCGCAUGCCCCGGAAGCAGUCCUUGAGCUCUUUAGGCCGGUCUGGGUGAGAAUCGGGGGACGGAAGCCAUGCUGCUUUCCGCUGUCUCUUUUGCCAAGAGCAAGUCAAAAACUAUCCUUGUGAAACUGGUGAGCCAAGCUGGGACAGGUUUCUCCUUCAACCACAAGAGAAGCCGACUCCGAGAGAAGCUGACCCUUCUGCACUAUGAUCCAAUAGUGAACAAAAAAGUUCUCUUUGUGGAACAGAAAAAAAUACGUUCCCUCUGAGUAGUGGAUUGAAAAUGAAUUUGAUUCAUAAAUGAGAAGAUCGAGGGUGAGGCACCGUUCCGAACUCUGCAGUUUGCAAUGAAGACGAGGAAAUUGCAGCGUGGCCUCGGAGGAUGUUGGCCAAGGGACAGAGCCGAAAAAGUCCUUCACAGAGACCACAUAUUUAUCUCUCUGGAUGCUUUAUAGGCCUUAAUAAAAAAAUAUCAAAAUAGCCUAUA